UUGCCAAGCUCAUUACUCAUAAUUAACUCGAGGCUUUCAGUUUCGUGCACCGCGCGCCCCAACCGACCACGAACACAACCACAACGGCCACCCCGCUUUGGCAUCUUCGCCCGUCGCAUCAUCGCUUCCAAGUUUAUUCAUAAUUCGUUAUUCGCUUCCCGUGCGGUUCGCGUCGUGUUUUUGUGCUCGCUCGCUGUGAUUUUACGAAACGCAUCAUGAGUACCAUUGUUGAAAGCCCUGUUCUCCUCCCCAGCACAUUUAAGGUGGAUUCACCGACGGUGGGUGUGGGAGCAGGAGUAGAAUCCUCGAAGCGGGAGAAGCUUUCCUACCAGAUCGUCUCGAUCAGCAACAAGGACGUGGAUGACGUCAUCGGGUUCCUCCGCACCUUCUUCUUCCGCGACGAGCCUCUCAACGUGGCCGUCAACCUCCUCGACACCCCGGACGCCGUUUGCCACGAGCUCGAGCAGUUCUGCACCGACUUCAUCCCCGAAGGUGUUUCCGUGAUGGCUGUCUCUGACUCAGGCGAGAUCCUGGGCGUGUGCCUGAACUCGAUCUCACGGCGGAGCAGCGACCCUUGCUCGGAAAACGACGAGGAGUGCUCGCACCCCAAGUUCAGGAAGAUCCUCCACCUUCUCACGAUGGUCUCGAAGCAGGCCGACAUCUUCGGCCAGUUCCCCACCGUCGACACGGUCCUCAACGUCGAAGUCAUCUCCGUCAGCGACGCCGCCAGAGGCCAAGGCAUUGCCAAGGCACUCUUUCACAAGUGCAGACAAAUCGCCGUGGAGCAAAGGAUGCCAUUGGUGGAGGUGAUCUGCACUAGUCACUAUUCGGCGAAAGCGGUAGAGCGACUUGGGUUCCAAUGUAUCUACGAACUCCUUUACAAGGAUCACCUGGACAGCAAUGGCGAACCCGUCUUCACCCCGGAACCACCGCACGACCGGGUCAAAGUUUUCGUCAUGCCCACCGCCGACCUUUGAACAGCACACCCCACGUCGUCCACGCACUCACCCGACUGCUCUCCGUUUUGCAUACACAGAGAGAAUGAAGGAGCGUGCACAGACAUGCUGGCUUCGUUUAACUGCUAAUCGUGUUGCAUAAGCACGGAGAAUGAAGGCGCGUGUAUGGAGUGCCAUAUCCGACAUCCUCGAACUGCAUACACAGAGAGAAUGAAGAACGAUGGCGCGUGUAAAAACAUAACUUCUUGUUACUGCUAAUCGUGUUGCAUACAUGCGGAAAAGAAGGCGCUUCGCCAAAAGAAGCUUGAACACCGCGGAUAUGUACUCGUUAGCUCGAAGCGCAAUAUUUCUAUAAGUUACAGACGACUAAUUACAAACAUUAGAGUGGUAAAAAUUUGAAUUUGAAAUGUUUUUUGAUCAUCAGCUUUCACUUGCGAAUUUUAACGAUCGAGCAACCGUUACCUGAAUUAUGCGGUGUUUGGCUUACCUGCAGCUGCGCCUCUGAAGAGUGAGACAUAUCCAUGACUCAACUCUGAAAACAGUUGCGUCGCAAAUUCGUCAUACUUAAUAAGUAAUUCUCGAAA